GUGUUGGUGGCGGCAGGGACAUCGGCAGGUGCGAAGCGAUGCAGCUCAAGGCCGCUCGUUCACGGGAACAGGAUGUAAAUGCAGUGAGCGGAGCUGGACUGAAACAAUCCCAGUGCAUGGAGUGUAUAGUUUUUAUUCAGUGCUACGCUGACUGGUGAGACACUGACUGCUUGGUUUUGUAGCUGAGAUUCAGGAGCAUUGAAGUGAAUUGAGGAAAGCUCAGAAAGGUUUUAGUGGUUGCAUAAUUGCAAGAAAUUCAUAGUUACCUGUUCAGAUUAUCCAGGUCGCUUGUUAUCUCUGUAUCCAUGGUAUCAAUAGUUUUAUUACAACAGAGUUUAUUCGCUUUCACAGAGCUCUGUACUGCUGCCUUAGAACUCGGACAGCUUGGGUCCAGCUACACUUACUGGCCUUGGCCUUGCUAGUCUGAAGCACUCUGUGCCUUAGGAUGCCUGCUAUAGGAGGCUCAGGAGGUGGCUUCAGCCAGGAAGAGCUGCUAAAAAUAUGGAAGGGACUGUUCUACUGUAUGUGGAUGCAGGAUAAACCUCUGCUACAGGAGGAACUAGCAAAUAAUAUCUCACAGCUUAUCCAUGUGAUUCAAAAUACAGAGGCUCAACACCUGUUCAUUCAGACCUUCUGGCAAACUAUGAACCGUGAAUGGAAUGGGAUAGACAGUCUGCGUCUUGAUAAGUACUAUAUGCUAAUCCGUAUGAUCUUGAGGCAAUCCUUCGAAGUGUUGAAAAGAAAUGAAUGGGAUGAAAGUUUGAUUGAACCAUUCCUGCAGCUGCUAAUGAAAGAAGUUAUGGACCCAGACAGCGAUGCUCCCAGUGGGAUAAAGUUCCAUUUCAUUGAUAUCUACCUGGAAGAAUUGUCUAAAGUUGGCGCAAAGGAGCUCACAGCUGACCAGAAUCUCAAGUUCAUUGAACCUUUCUGCAAAAUUGCUGCCAAAUCAAAGGACCAUCGCCUGAUGCAUGCUGUGGCCAGUGGUAUCUUUGAGGUCAUUGUAGAUCAGUCACCCUAUGCCAUUGAGGACCUAAUGAAAGAAUUGAGUAGCAACAGUGAUGAGGAAGAUCUGUCUGAAGAAGACGAACAGGGAAAUGAAGAGGUGCUUACAACCAAAGCAGACAGAAGUUCGUCGAGAAAAUCGGCACAGAGCUCUGAAAAUUCAGAGGAUGUUUAUGAAAAUGCUGAUGACAGUAUUGGGCCUGUUCUUCAGUUUGAUUAUAAAGCUGUUGCUGACAAACUCUUUGAAUUGGCGAGCAAGAAAAAUACACCUGCCUUUAACAGAAAGCGUCUGUACAAGCUGGUCAAAAAGUUCCAGGAUUUAGCAGAAGGAAUCUUCCCCCAAGAUUUCCCUGAAGAUGUUUCUACAGAUGAAGAUGAUGAUACAUUCAGUAGGGGAAGGCGAAAGAGAAAAACUGUCAAGCCUUUGGAGAAAAACAAGUUGGAAAAAGUAAAAGAGAAGGAUGAAAAAGAGACAUUAAGUGCAAAGGAGGCAUCAGUUCCCCAGAAGAAGAGAAAAAAAAGGAAGAAGAGAGACAGUCCAAGCGCUGAUUCUAGCACAGCUGACAGAAAUUGUGAGGAGGGGAUGACUGAAACAUCUGGAUCUAACAUUUCCAACCGGUUGCCAGCAAAUAACAAGAGAAGGAAGAAAAAGAAGUCCCUAGUAAAUGAGGCAAAUGAGACCAGAAACAUAGCAACUGAGACCAGAGAUGAUCGUGAUAUCUCUGCGCAGGACACUCCAACUGACACAGAUCAGAAUAAAAAGAUUCAGUUGAAGAAAACGAAUGCAAAAGCGCAGAAUGUUCCUGUAAAGCCAGUGUGUCAAAAUGGACCAGCUAAUGCCAGUGAGGCAGAGGAUGCCAGCCCAUCUGUCACACUGUUAACUCCUAAGGUUAAGAAAAAGAAACAGAAAGCAGGGAUUGUCUUAACGAAUGGUGAUAUCCUGUUGCAGCAGACUGACGUGAAAUCUGACAAGGAGAGCUUGCGGGGGACCCUGUCAGGAGAUGCAGACUCUGAAUCUGCACCCUCUGGAAAGGUCAAAUUGAAGCAAAAGACAGCACUGGGUGGUUUAGAAGGGACCAAGGUCUCCAGCCAGAAAGCAGCAACCCUGAAAAAGAAGAGAAAAGUAAAAGAGGUGCUAAGCUCUGUCGAAGCCAAUGGAAGUCUUGAGACUGCAUGCAAGAAAAGCAGGAAGGGGGAAACCAGCACUGUUCUAUCACCAUUAAAAAAAAAGAAAGCAAAAACAGGGAGUGAUUUCGUUAAAUUUGAAAAAUCAACUUUACCAAAGCCAGUGUUCUUCAGGAAAGCCAAAGGCACCAUCUCUUCCACCAGGGCCUCCAUGCAGUUGAAUAAGCUGCAAUCAUCUGUCUCCAAAAAAGUCACCUUUGGCUUGAAUAAAAACAUGACUGCUGAAUUUAAAAAGACUGACAAAAGUAUCUUAGUGAGCCCAGAAGGACCCUCCCGUGUGGCUUUCAAUCCUGAGCAGAAACCCCCUCAUGGGGUGCUGAAGUCACCCACAGGUACCCCAGCAGGAGAGCCUCAAGUGAAGAAACUGUUUACUAUACCAACUAAGAAGAGACCAACUGCUAUGGACUUCUUUUAAACCAACAGAACAACAGAACUGGCCUACUUUUGUACAGGACAUUUCGCUAACCUAGAAUAUUCUCUGGAGGUAUUUUGAACUUUUUUAUUUUUUUAAGUUAAUAUGAAUUGUAUAUACAAGGUUCUGAUUGUGACCUGGUACAUUGCUGUUUUGACACCACUUCAACUGUAUCUUGAAAUACUUUUGUCUAAAAAAGAAGCAAAAGAAAAGGAAAACAAUCCAAUCUCUGCUCAGGUUUGGUCUACAAAAGGUAUGGUCUCUGUCCAUGUCAUUCCCAAGAGACUUGUUCACUGAAUUAAAGAGUUUUCAGGGCUAGAUUGUUCUGGGGAUUUUUUUUUUUUUUGAGCCAGUUUAUGAAAACUUGCACUUCAUGCUAUUUAACUGUCUUUCAUAGAAUGGAUAUUAAAAAGAAAGAAGACAAUGUAGAUUUUAAACCUACUAGUUGUUCAUGUAUUUUAAAAUUUUACCUCAACAUUUUUCCCAUGUCACCCUUGACAUCCUGUUUAUUCUUCUUCUGAAAAGAGUGAUUACCUAGUGUCUCAGUGUAAGGACAGCUGAACUUGGGUAGUUCUACAGAUAGUAAGGAAAGAUUUCCUGGGAUAAGAAAUGCCUAGCUGCUCAGGUGAUCCCUAAUACAAGUAAACCUUCACGGUUGGUUGCCUUCUGGUUGAAAACACGCACACCACAUUAUUCAUAGCAACACAAGUGCCAAAGCUGACUUACACUUAUCAUAAUGUAAGCUGGCUUCUUCUCUAUACUGUAACUGAAGUUAGGCUUUUCUUUAGCAGCUGGUGUCACCAUAUUUUAGCAGAGCUCACAUCUCAUUCACUGAAUGAACCUCUGAUUGUAGGAAAAUGAGCUAGAUCAGUGUAGUGCAACUUUGGUUAUGAUAUGCAUCUCUCUAAGAGCUUCAGUGUCUCUCAAUACAGGGUAAAACUUUACAGCCCAAACAACUUGGUUUUGGUUUUGAUGUAAAACCAGAAGAAUUCUUUCUGCAGCAUUUCCUUGUAUUAAGUUUUUAUUUAGAUAUUUUUAUUACUGCUAUGCAUGGUUUGUUUUUUCUUUGCUUCUUUGGUAAAAAAUGAGAUAUACUUCUGUAACAGACCAUUAAUAUAUUCUGAGGGGGAACUGUGAGGAAGGGAAGAGCAAAUGUAAACAAAAUCUUGUUUGAUAUGGUGUAGUAAGUACUUAAAAGACUUGCUUAUGCCAAUAACACAAUGGCUUUGCAGCAGACCUCUACAUUAGAGCUCAGCCUCAAAAGCGCAACCUGGUUCCAGAGCAAAGCUGUUCAUUAAGUUUUCCACUGGUUACUUCUGGGAUCCUAUAAAGAGGAGUAGGCCUUUAUCAUUAUCUUUUCUUGUGAUAACUGGUAAAUAUUUAACUACUUCAUUCAGCAACAUUAAAACGUGUAACAUAAUAUGUUUACAUACUUGCAUAUUAUUUUUUACCAGUCUUUGAAUCCUACUGUCCUGUGCCACAAGGCUUCCCAUCAGCAACUGGAUUGAAACUGCUCCUUCAUAGUUCAUCUAGAAUUUAUUCAAAAAUACUUGUGUACUUGCAGAUUGCUAACUAGUCUCGGUUGCUCAGUUCUAAUCCAUGCCAGUUCUUCCUCUGAGUUCAUGACAGUCCUUGGCUUGUGGUACUGCCAUGAGAGUGUUAAAAAGUCAUUUUGCCGUUGUCAUUGCUCAUUCAGAAUGAAGGACUGAAUUUCAGUAGGGUUCAUUUCAGUUUGUAUUGAUGUGAUUGAUCAGUAAAGAACUCUGGAGAAUGCAUCUGAUAAAAUUAGUAAUAUUUGCUGUCUGAGCAGUUAUUGUUUAUUUUUUUUAAUCUCAUUGUAUAUUAUCAUGUUUUUUUCCUGACAAGAAAACGGUAAGUAGGAUUUAACAAGGACUGUUCAAUAUGUUGUGCUGUUUAUCUUGUAUUGUGGGUAAGAAGUUUCUCGUGAAAUAUGCAUAAAAGCAUUUGUAUGUGCAUGGUUGUUAAUGCAUUAUGUUGAAGAUGCAGUAUUCCUCCAAGGAUAUAGAUGCAAACAAUCAGUAGGUGGAUCUGGUGUGCUUAGAAAAGUCCAGGAUCCGGAUGCAUUUGGGGUUGGUUUAGGGGGUUUGGUUUGGUUUGAUUUAGUUUUAUUUUUGUUUUGUUUUGAUAACCUGCAAUGGAAAUGUAUUUAAAUAGCUGUCUGGAUCUUUUUCUGUUGGUUGUGGAUCCUUUGACCGGUUGCUUGUCCAAAUAUUUUGUCACCCACAGUGCUAAAUGAAGCAGGCAGAAAUGGCAGUGAGUGUUUAACUAAAGUUGUAGUGAUGUAAUUGCUUUUUGGGAUUCAAGCAUACCGUGUCUGUGCCAUGAUACUGGUGGAACAUUUUGUAAAUAUGCAUGAGUAGUGUGUAUUGUCUUCAGUGGUGUCUGGAGUUUCAUGCAGAGCAACGUUAAGAACAGAAUUGCCAGCAUUGUCAAUGCAGUUUAAUCUGCAUUGUUAGAUUAAAUAUAGUAAAUUACCCAGAACAUUUGGGUAGCGAAAAUUCCAGUAAACAUUGAAGAUUAAAAAAAAAAAAAAAAAACGGAGAAAUAAAUGCAGCAUCUGGGAUACCUAGCGCACGGACACAAUGGUACUGUAAGGAGAGAAGUAUCUGUAGGGGGAAAAAAAAAGAAGAACUGAUCUAACUGGUUUAACUGGUUUAAUGUCACUUCAUAGUUUUUUUUCAUAAUUUUAUUCCAACUCUGUAGCUGCCAAUCAUGUUCAGAGUUAAAUUUAGGGUGGAGUUGAUGUGUUCUACCUUUUAAAGGACAAUAUUUUGUAAUGGGUGUCUCUCUACAUUUUUGUUACGAAUCUGAUCAAUUUUGUACUUCUCAAGCUCUAAUAGUAUAUGAUUCUUUAUAGCUUCAAGAGAACUAAAAAGCACAAAAUCAGUCCAGCAAGGAAGAAGGUUAAAAUUAUAUUUAAAAAUAAGGAGUAUGCAAAAUCUUUUACAGUCUAUCAAAGCUUUGUGACUUGGAAAGCAUCAAAUGUCUUUUUUUUCUUUUGUUUCCUGUGCUUAGAUUUAAUUACAGGCAGAAGAAGAAAACAUAUGUGUCACUUUAUGUACAUCUGCAACAGCAUUGUUAAUACAAAUAUGGCGUCUAAACAUUAGAUCAUUUAGUCUAAUAAACCAUCUUCUUUGUGGA